GAGGCGGGCCCAAGCUGAGCGCGAGUUUCCUCAGUGCAGUGAAGUUUGUAGCGGUGUGCGACAUGGCUAGUGGUGGUGGGGAAGAGCGUGGGGUCGCCGGAGGAGAGGGCACCGUUGCCGCCAGCCUCUUCAGAUUCAGCUCGGAACCCACGCUCGAGGACAUCCGCCGGCUCCAUGCUGAGUUUGCUGCUGAAAGAGACUGGGACCAGUUCCACAAGCCUCGGAACCUCCUCCUGGCCUUGGUGGGGGAAGUCGGGGAGUUGGCAGAGCUCUUUCAGUGGAAGCCUGAUGAGGAGCCUGGCCCCCAAUCCUGGCCCCCCAAGGAACGGGCAGCCCUUCAGGAGGAGCUUAGCGAUGUCCUCAUCUACCUGGUAGCAUUAGCAGCCCGCUGCCAUGUGGACCUGCCCCAAGCGGUGCUCUCCAAGAUGGACACCAACCAGCGACGCUACCCGGCACAUCUGUCCCGUGGCUCCUCCCGCAAAUACACGGACUUGCCACACGGGGCCACCUCUGAAGACCAGACUGUGGGGACUAUAGACCUUGCCUGUCAAUCCACACGCCAGAACUCAGCCUAGAACCAUGGACCCACGGUCUGCAGCUCAGCAUGGCAUCUGAGGAACAGAUGGUGGCCUGGCCAUGGAACCUCAUUCUGGCCCUUUCCUUACAGCUCAUCAGCCUGGCAUCCUGAUGUCUGAGGUUUGAGGCUCAAGAACCUCUGGAAGACAGCCUCUUGCCACUCUUCUCUCUCAGUAAAGUUUUGUCCAGCAACUUCCGGAUCCUUCCUGGGUUGGGGAGGCUCUGUCUCAGCAGGUACUACAGAGGGGCAGCAGGGCUGCUCUGAUCUGAGCUCCCACGUUUCUCUGCUGCACCUCCCACCUGCCACGCAGAGAUCUCAUUUCUAGCAGGUUCCCUGUGGGCUCUCCUGCAAGUUUGUUUCCCCUUUGGAGCCUCUAACAGAAGAUUAGAGGCUGUACUUGGUGGUAAAAGCCCAGAUUUUGGAGCCAGCACAUCAGGGUUCAAACGCUGUAUGUGAUACUUACCAGCGGGAUGAUGUUCAUCAGUUUCUUCACCUCAAGUGAAAAUAAUAGUAUUUCCCUAAUAGGGCAGUAAAGUUAAAGUCGGUUAUUGUAGGUAGAGUACUUAGGACGGUGCCUGGCACAUACUAGGUACUUAGGUAGUUUGCAGUUAUGUCUUUCAACUCAAAACACUGGGAUCCCACAGCAGGAAACGUCACCAGUCCAGGUAGGCCUGGGCCCAGGAUUGAGCCUCAGGACCCAGCACAAAUCAGGGUCAGUCUCGGAU